GGUGUAUCGGAAUUAAUAUAAUUUGGGUUGAACGAAUGACUGUGCCCCAAGACAUUCGCUAGGUAAUAUUCACAGCUUCACGGAAUUGAGACGUGCUGACCUGUUGUAGAGGAUCAUUGUAAACUCUAGACAGUGACUGCUGAAAUUGGAAGAAAAAAACAAUGUCUAAAACCAAAUCAAAAUCAAGAUCUGGCUCAUCCCGUUCCGUAUCCCGCUCUCGAUCUCGUUCGUUUUCAAAAUCAAGGUCUCGUUCAAGGUCUCUUUCACACACACGGAAGCGUAGGCACAGUUCUAGGUCGCGCUCAAGAUCUUACUCUCCUAGCUAUAAUAGAGAGAGGAACCAUCCUAGAGUUUACCAGAACCGGGAUUUCCGCGGUUACAAUCGAGGUUACAGACGACCAUACUAUUUUAGAGGACGUGGUAGAGGAUUUUACCCCCGAGGCCAGCACAACCGUGGUGGAUAUGUAAACUACCGUCCUAACUGGCAGAAUUACAACCGUCAACCUUAUAGCCCUCGCAGGGCCCGUUCUCGCUCACGAUCUCCCAAGAGGAGAUCCAUGUCACCUAGAUCUAGGAGCCACUCAAGAAAUUCAGACAAGUCCUCCUCAGACCGUUCUAGGAGGUCUUCCUCUUCUAGGUCAUCCUCCACACACAGCAGAGAGGAGACUUCAAAGCGCAAGUCCAGGAAAGAAAAAAAGAUUCAUUCCAAGGAACAAAGAGGAUCGGUCCAGACAGCAGAUGAUGAUUCAAAGGAACAUUCAGCAUCUGGGGCAGGAGACACUGGGGGCAAAAAUGAUGGAUCCAAAUCAUGGCAGGAUAUGGAGGCCUAUGACACAAGCCCAGUUCCGCAACAUAGCCCCAUAGAGCGUGCUCCAACACUGAAAAGCUCUGUUCAGUCUGUGGUAGUGAGGCGUUGCUCUCCCAGGCCCAGCCCUGUCCAAAAGCCUAGUCCUCCCUCUCCCUCUGUCUUACAGAGCAGCGGCUCCUUCCGGGCCUCUUCUCGACAGAGUCCAUUCGAUCAUAGCUUGAGCCCACCAAGGAAGAGUCCUCUAACCAAAAGCCCACCAUCAUUGGGCUCACUGUACGGUAAUCAAAAAGAAGAGGGUCGAUCUGGUGAAAUGUCUGCUCCCAUAGGAACUGGAUAUAAAAGGUUCAUGGAAGAGCAGAAGAAUAAGGCAUCUGAACUGGAAAAAGAGAAUGGGAAAGAUAAGAUGUCUAGUCUAGAAAAAAUGAAGGAUCGCAGUAGUCCUACAGAUUUUGCUAUGAAUGAGCUGGAGCGUGCAUAUAAGAAGAGCCAAUCGCCAAAACGCUACAAAAUGCGAGAGGAGUUGGAAAAAUUUAAAUUAGCUGAGAUGCGUUUUGCAAAAGAGGAAGCUGAGCAAGAGCGAAAAAGCAGAUCAAGGAAGGAUUCUGACAGUGACUCCAAGAAUCAAGAUCCAUAUGAUCCUGCCAAAUGGGAAGAACUUUCCUUUAUACCAACCACGAAGGAGAAACGGAGGAAGUCUGAGGAUAUCGAGGAUGAACUUUAUUCAGAGCGGCCCAGGAAGGAGGAGAAGCCCUCCAAGAAAGGGGAAUCAUCUCACAAAGGAUUCCUGCCAGAGAAGAACUUCAAAGUGACAAGCUUCAAGGGUGCAAAGGAUAGGAGUGAGUCUCCUCCACUGAGGAAAUCUGAAAAAAUGUCAGCCAAGGAUGAAGCGCCCUUCUCCAAAUCUGCUUUUUCCAUUAGCAGAGAAGCGGGCCCUAAUGUCCGCCUUGACUCCUUUGAUGAGGACCUUGCUCGCCCAAGUGGAGUUUUGGCUCAUGAACGGAAGUUAUCUCGCGAUCUUGUUCACAGCAAUAAAAAAGAUCAGGAGUUCAAGUCUAUAUUUCAGCAUAUACAGUCUGCGCAAUCUCAGCGCAGCCCAUCAGAGCUUUUUGCUCAACAUAUAGUGACCAUUGUCCAUCAUGUAAAAGAGCACCAUUUUGGCCCGUCAACCAUGACACUCAGUGAACGUUUCACUAAAUAUCUAAAGAAAACUAAAGAUCAGGAACCAUCAAAAAGUCGUAAAAGUCCAGAAAUUCACAGGCGAAUCGAUAUUUCUCCCAGUGCUUUUAGAAAACAUGGAUUUUUGCAUGAGGAACCAAAACAUUCAAAGGAGGGAAGCCAUAAGGCUGAUGGAAAAUACAGGGAAGAGCCCUCUGAUCUGCGGCAGGACAUUGAGCGCCGCAAAAAACACAAGGAUUCCAAGCGUGACCACUCCCGGGAUUCUGGGGAUUCUAGAGAUUCAAGCCGCUCCAGAGAGCGGUCGCCUGAGAAAAUUGAGAAGCCCAGGAAAUCUUCCAAAAAGCACAAGAAGCACAGGAAAGUGCGUGAACGUUCUCGCUCCUCCUCUUCGUCAUCUCAUUCAUCCCAUUCUUUGAGGGCAAACGUGCAAGAAGACUUCCCCGCAGAGGGUGAGGAUAAAGAAGAAAGUGCCACAGCCUUCGACAAGGCACGUGCAGGCAGCAAGGAGUUUCAAGGAACUACUGAUAGAGGACGAGGCCGUGGUACCUUUCAAUUCAGACCAAGAGGAACAAGGGCAUGGGGUAGAGGAGGUGUGUUUCCUGGAAAUAACAACAACAACAACAAUGAAUUUCAAAAACGAAAUAGAGAUGAAGAAUGGGAUCCAGAAUACACACCUAAAAGCAAGAAGUAUUAUCUGCACGACGAUCGGGAAGGGGAGAACGAAGAGAAAUGGGUGAACCGUGGGAGAGGUCGCGCCAGCUUUCCACGUGGCAGGGGAAGGUUCUUGUUUCGCAAGCCUGGCGCAAGUCCGAAGUGGUCCCAUGACAAGUUCAGCGGGGAGGAGGGAGAAAUUGAGGAAGAUGAGAGUGGAGCAGAAAACAAGGAUGAGAAAGGCAACAGUAUGCCAAAUAUGGAGUAGGCUUUAAGUUUGUAUCAUUUAUGAACUGUGGCAGCAGGAGAAUGCCCCUGAAUUCCUGUGCCCUGAACAGCAGCAAUUACACAGGCACAGAAGGCUAAGUCUAAAAAGCCUUCUGUUAUAUAUUUCCCUCCCUAUGUCUGCAUUGAUUGCUAGACCUUUUUUUUUUUGUUGUUUUUAAUUUUUUUAAAAUCCAUUUAUGAAAGUGUGAAUGUACCCUUUUACUUAUGUUCUUCUUUAAUAGAAAUGAGGGAUGCUAGGAUCCUAUGAAUGAUUUACUGCUGCCAUCCAUAAACUGCCCACCUGUGUUUUUUGAUCUCCUUUGGCUCAAACAUGUUGACUUAUGAAACCUUUCCAAAUACCAAUCAUAUGUCUCACGUUUUCAUGUCUGUUAUGGUUGACAAAGUUGCUGCUUUUUUGUUUUUGGUUCUUUUGUAUCUUUCCCCUUUUAAGAUUAUGUAGUGUACUACAGUUACUAUAAUGAUGGUAUCCUUUUUAGAGAAAUAUUUUGAAGCCUUGUAUAAUAGGUGGAGGGUAAACAAAAUGGUGUUGAAAUAAACAUUAAACUUGGGGAACAAA